CACAUUCACAAGAAUCAAAAUAUUCAGAUACGACAAUCUCUAAACAGAUUUCAGAGGAUCACGCCUUUGGAACAGACUUGCUGCAGACACCAUCCUUCUUUCAAGCUGAUCAAGAUCUUUAAUUUUGUUGUUGCUGAAACCCUCGAAAUCAUCCUACAUAGAAUUUGCGAAGUCGAAGUCCAUUCAGGAUUGCUGCUGCUUAUGUAUGAUUGAAAUACAUACCAAAAUUGUCUAGAAGUGAAACGUUUACUCCAAGUAAUAUUAGUGUCAAGCUUACAAUUUACUAUGCUGACAUAAUUUUCACACUCAAACUGACCAGUCAUAUUUUCCUAAAAUAACAAGUAGAUCGGAAAUAGCCAUUCUGAAUCUGCAACUGAUUCCAAACAAGAGAUAGCACUUCUAUUUUUGUUCUAUUUCUCGAACGAGAAUAGAUCCAGACUUCAAGAACACUGGAAAGGCUACGAAAGAAAAGAGUUCGGUUUGAGAAAUGCAUUAGAACAACUUUGUGGCUGCUGCUGAUGGUGAUUAGCAUAAGAAAAAGAACAGUUCAGAUUUCACGAUGACCCUUUCUGGCUCCCAUCCCGAACGUUGUCAAUGGGCCAACGGAUUGGAGAUGGGGGCCACUGUCCAUAUAAUCGAUUGAUCGAGAUGGUCUCGGCCCAGUCGGAUGUGGCAACUUCUUUGGAAAGCAACGGUCAGCAGUGAAGAGUGGUGUGUCCAAAAAGUGUAGUGAAAAUGUGGCAGAAUUUAGUGGUACUCAUAAUAUUUGUGAUCUUGUUUUGUUUACGAGACAUGCGCAAACCCGGCUACUUUCCACCAGGGCCCAACUGGUUCCCGCUUAUCGGCAGCGGAUUCGAAGUGCUGAGACUGGUGAAGCACUUCAAAUUCUAUCAUCUUAUGUGGGCCGAAUUGAUGCGCCGCUACGGACCAAUCGUGGGCCUUCGUCUAGGUCGGGAUAGAGUCGUAAUUGUGUCCGGGCUGGACGCCAUCCGAGAGGUGUACUCCAAAGAUCAGUUCGAUGGUCGUCCGGACGGGUUCUUCUUUCGGAUUCGUUCCUUCGAUAAGCGGCUCGGAGUGGUGUUCACCGAUGGAGCCCAUUGGGACAUUCAAAGGCGAUUCUCGGUGAGAACGCUGAAAGCGCUUGGCAUGGGCCGGACCGGGAUGGUGAACAGCUUAGAAAGGGAAGCCGAAGAGAUGAUCCAUCAUUUGAGGAAACUCUCGAGAACGCAGAAAGUGAUUAGUAUGCACAAUGCGUUCGAUGUUUCGGUGCUGAAUUCCAUAUGGACGUUGAUCGCUGGAAAGAGGUUCGAUCUGGACGAUAAAAAGCUCGAAUGGAUUAUGGAGACGAUUCACAAGAGCUUUCGGGUCAUUGACAUGUCUGGAGGAGUUCUCAAUCAGUUUCCACCCAUUCGGUAUGUGCUGCCGGAUAAGUCUGGAUUUGCACCGCUGCUCAACUUAUUGCGCCCUCUUUGGACAUUUUUGCAAGGCACAAUAAAAUCCAUCAGAUCGAAACUCGACCAGCCAGAUAAUCCAGACUGUUUCAUUGCGUCCUACUUGCGAGAGCUGAAUAUCGCCGAAAGACACUCUUCGUUCACGAAUGAACAACUCCUCUGCCUGUGUUUGGAUCUGUUCCAAGCAGGAUCGGAAACAACUAGUAACACUUUGGGCUACGGAAUUGCCCACAUGUUGCACCACCCGGAAAUAGUCCAGAAAAUACAUAACGAACUGGACAGCGUCAUAGGUCGUUAUCGAUUACCGCUGCUUGCAGAUCGACCCUAUCUUCCCUACACCGAAGCAGUCCUGUGUGAGAUUCAACGGAUUUCCAACAUUGCUCCCCUGGCUAUUGCCCAUCGAACUGUAGCUCCCGUGCAGCUUGGCACUUAUGUAAUUCCGAAGAAUACCAUUACGUUGAUUUCUCUCUACUCGCUACACAUGGAUAAGGCUUAUUGGGGAGAUCCGGAAGUUUUCCGUCCGGAGCGAUUCCUCAACGAAACGGGGGAUAAAUUGAUCGCUCAUGAAUACUUUGUUCCGUUCGGAUCUGGUAAACGAAGAUGCCUUGGUGAAUCGCUUGCGAAAUCAAGCUUGUUCUUAUUUUUCACUGCUUUUAUGCAUGCCUUCUUAGUUGAACCUGCCGAGCCUGGAAAAUUGCCCGAAUUGGAUGGAAUUGAUGGCAUUACUUUAUCGCCAUGCCCUUAUUUUGUCCAGCUAAAGGAACGUUUAAUUUAAGAUUAGUGCUUUAUGUCUUAUUUAACAAUUAAUUAAUAAAGCUGCAACACUCCACA